AUGUCUCUUUCAAAACGCGCCCAUGAUUCAGAGAAGGCCAUCGAGGGUAUGGAUCUCUGGGAAGUCAUACCCAACCUCUUCGACCAAGAGACUAAUCCUGAUGGCAUCGUGAGUUUGGGAGUUGCCGAGAAUACCCUCAUGCAUGAUGUUCUCCGGAAGCACAUCCACGACAACUUGGCGUUGACGAACCCGGCUUUCACUUAUGGCGAUGGAACAACGGGCACGAAGCAGGUCAAGAAAUCUGUAUCGCGGUUCUUGACCAAACAUCUCAAGCCGUUCAAGGCUAUUGAGCCGGCGCAUAUCACUAUGACUAAUGGAUGCAGUGCUGCUAUUGAGCACCUGUCGUGGGCUGUUGCGAACCCUGGCGACGGAAUCCUUCUUGGACAACCAUACUACGGAACCUUUGUUCCUGAUCUCACUGCCCGUUUCGGAGCAAAGCUUCUCCCAGUUGCUUUUGGCGAGGUUGACCCCCUCGACGAGGCCGCGGUAGCCGAGUACGAGAAAGCCAUUCUCGAAGCUCAGGCCCAGGGGACCAGAGUUGCAAGUCUGGUCAUCAGCCAUCCGCAUAACCCCCUGGGACGGUGCUACUCUCGCAGUGUUCUUAUUGCAUUUAUGAAGCUGUGCCAGAAGUACGAGAUGCACUUCAUCAGCGAUGAGAUCUAUGCCUUGUCUGUCUGGACCAACACGGUCGACCAACACCCUUUCUCUGUUCCCUUCGAGUCUGCUCUUUCAAUUGAUACAGCAGGCAUCAUCGAUGCUGAUCGUGUGCAUGUUCUUUGGGGCAUGUCGAAAGACUUUGGCGCCAACGGUAUCCGAGUUGGCACGAUUGUGUCUCAAGCCAACAUGUCUCUGCACGCUUCUAUAGUAGCAGUUGGGCUGUACAGCUCAGUGUCAUCCAUCUCGGACCAUGUCACAGUCAACAUACUGGAAGAUGAUGCCUUCGUCGAGUCAUAUAUUGCCGAGAACCAAAGGAAGCUAUCAGCCCAGUACACUCGUGUUGUAUCGUGGGCUCGGAAGAACGAGAUCGAGUACGCUCCAGGGGUUAAUGCUGCGUUCUUCCUCUGGAUUGAUCUGGGCAAGUAUUACACGUCACGACACCCUGAUUUGGAAACUGAUGACAUUACGGAUCUUAUCAUGAGUAAGUUGAUGGCAAAGAGAAUCUUUCUGGCAUCUGGCAAGGGGUUUGGCUCAGAGAAGCCUGGUUGGUUUAGGAUUGUAUUCUCGCAUGAUGAUGCGUACCUUGAUCUGGGCCUGGAACGGGUGAUUGAUGCGUUGCUAUAG